AUGGCGGAUCCAGACGCCAUCUACGAGCUGGCGCAACGCAUAGAGUCCAACAUCGAGGUUGACAAAAAAGUGGCUGCGCUCCACUCCUUACAAUCCCUGAUCCAGGACGCCGGCUAUGUCGUCGAAGCGGAUGCCGUCACCUCGGCGAUCAAGGUGGCGCUCAAACAUGCCAACCAGGCACUCAGCACCGCCUCCCUUUCAUUCAUACCGACUUACGCAUCCAUGAUCCACACCAGCGAUGGGUCCGAGUCUCAUUCGCUUCUCACCCACAAUGUCCGCAUAUUGAUCAAUUCCGUCUGCCUGCUUGUCAUCGAGAAGCUCGGCGAUCAAAAAGAGCGCAUCCGGGAAGCCGCCCGUACGGCGCUCGUCGAACUUGGCAAUGCUGCGUACGCCAUCAGCGCUGCACAAGUGACAACGUCAGGGAAGGGCAAGGAAACAGAGACACCGCUCGGCGUCUUCGAACGUACCCUUCGCGAGGCAGGUCUCGCUGCAAAGUUUGCCAGGAUCAGAGAGCAGUCCGUGCUGCUGCUGCCAGUCUUGCGACAGAAUUGCGAAAAGUACCCUGUCCGACCUCUGCUUCCCAUCACAGUGGAGCUGCUGCUGGAUGCAGACGCUACAGUCAGGGAGGGCGCUCGAUCUACCUUGGUCACGCUCUUCAGUAGCGCCACGCCCGCCGCCAAAGCAGAUCUGAAGAAGGAGUUGGAAAAGCGAGCAGUGAGGAAGCAGACAGCAGACGGCAUCCUGCGCGAGGUUCUUGGAGCGCCAUCAGCAGCAACUUCAGCGUCGGUUCUCAGUCCUCCACCACCAGCAUCGUUUGCCCCUGUGACUCGCAGUCAGUCCAAUACAUCUCACAGCGCUGACGUUCCAACACCGACCUCGCACACCAUGCCCGCAACCCCCGCCGCAGCAUCUGCAUCAACAACGGCUGCAGCCGACGACAUCCGUCCCGUCUACAUUGCUUCCCGAUCCGACCUGGAACGCACAUGCAGCACCAUGAUGCCCUUCUUCGAGGGCAAGGAAUCCGAACACAACUGGCUCAAUCGAGAGCAGUCCAUGAUCAAGAUCCGUGGUCUCGUCGUCUCCGGUGCGCAUCGGCAGUUCGGCGAGGCCUUCUUCGUCGCACAGCUCAAGAGCGUCCAAGAGGGCAUCCUCAAGUGUGUCGCCAGUCUGCGCACCACCCUCUCGAUGCACGCGACCCACCUCAUCCAAGAGCUGGCCAUCGAGCUGGGUGACGACCUGGCUCCCUGCGUAGAGCCUUUCCUGAUGCAUCUCACCGGCAUGGCAGGUUUCACAAAGAAGCUCAUCGCCAAUGCGACGCAGGAAGCUGCUGCGGCAAUCAUGGUCAACGUAAGUUUCCGACCUCUGUACCUCCAACUCAUAUGGCAAGGUGUACAGGAUAAGAACGUCGCUACCCGUACAGCGGCUGCUGAGCAUCUCGCCACGGUUCUGACGCACCAUGCGGCGCAUCGAAAGCACGCUGUCGAGUCUCACGGCGGCCUGGAUCUGCUGGACAAGUGUAUGAGGAAAGGCGUCGGUGAUUCCAACCCAGCUGCGAGGACGAAGAGCAGGCAAGCGUUCUGGAUCUUUUACAAGUACUGGCCCGACCAGGCCAACGUCAUUCUGAACUCGUUGGAUCCGUCGACGAAGAAGCAGGUUGCGGCGAUGGCGCCGCCCGAUGUCGAGACCGAGGCGAUCGUGGAGGUGAAGCCCAAGGCGGCGGCUGGGCCGGUCAGGGCGAGACCGGGUGGGGCAUCGAUGGCGUUGAUGCAGGCGAAGAAGGCGGCAGCGAUGAAGGCGGCGCAGGAGAGGGAGAGGAAGACGGCGGAGGAUGCGGCUGCUGCACACGAGGCGAGGGUGGCUACGGCUCGCGCUGCGUUGGUCGAACAGCAGCAUCAGCAAGAGCUGUACCAACAGCAGCAGCAACAGCAGUGGGAGCAGUCGGCGGAAGAGUUCGCCACUCCAGUCGCCGCACCACCGAAGAAGACUACAGGGUUCAUGCCAAUCAAGAAUCGCUCGCAGCAGCAACAUCAGUCGUCGAUGAAGUCGGCGACCGCGUUGUCGGUGCUGGUGAGUCCCACGGCGCAUCAACGGAUCGAGACGGCGAUCGCGGUUCCUCUGCCGACGAGUCCGACUCCCGUGGCGGCUAAUCAUGGGCGAGGAGGAGGCGUAAGCGGUACGAGCCUGUCCCGUACAAGCUCGGAAACGUCCUCGCAACCGCGUUCGCCCGGUCUCAGCCCGAUCGCCGCUCGCACCCGCGCGAUCUCCUCUUCGUCGUUCUCAUCGCAAGGUUCUUCCAACUCAGCUCGAAUGCAAGCUUCCACCAGCACGCCCCGAUCACAUCGUCCAGCCGCCGCGACCAGUUCAGCACUUGACGCCGAUCUUGAAAACCUCAGCAUCGCUGGUAUCGAUGACGACGCGGACGCCACCGGCGAUGCGACGCAGCAACCGCGUUUUUCCGCCCAUCAGGAGAACGACGAUACGGUGCAGCUUAGCGCUCCUGACGCAUCGAUGGAUCUGAUGGGGAUGAACUUCAGCUCGCCCUUCAAGAUCCCUGCAUCAGCGACGUCACGCUCCGCGAAAACGCAAUCGGUGCUGGUGGAACGUCAGAACGCACUAGAGUCGUUGCAGGCGAGCAGCACACCACAGAAGAGGACCGUUUCGACGUCCAGCGCGUCGAGCAAUUCUUCGACCCCGGGAAGUGCGGUGCGAAGGUCCGGGUUGCCAAGGCCGGUGUCGACGAUAUAUGCGUCGACCGGGGUGCCGGGCUCGGGGGGAGUGCCGAGGAGCACAUCGAACAGGGUGAUGCUUGCGACGCCGACGAGAGCGGCGAGUUCGGGAAGUGGCGUGCUGGAGAACAGGGCGAAGCGGUUGGAAUCGCAGCAAGUGUCGCCGGUGAAAGCGAGGCCGGAGGUGUGGGAUUGGGUGCAGAGUCUGGCGGGAGGUAAGGCGGAUGUCAAGGUUUUCAGACGUUUAGCUAGGUUGAGCAGCGAGUUCCGGGUGGAUACUGCUGCGACGGCUGGAGGGGAUGGAGAUGAGACGGUUUUACGACCGGAUAUCCCGCAAAAUGGGAUGGAGAAGGGUGUUGAGAUGUGGAUGGAAGGAGGACUGUUUACGGCGAUUUGGGAUGGGUUGAAAGGCUACCUCCGCGUGGAUGGCGGUGUCAGUGGAGAACUUCAGCUGAGCGCACAAGUGGUGUUGCUUCGGAUGGUGGAGAAUCAAUCCCCUCUCUUCGCGAACACUAACCGGGAAGGUGAACUGCUGCAGCUCGUGCUCACCUCCAUCUCUACGCUCUCCACCUCCGCACCGGGCGGUGGAAGCAGCAGCGUCGUUGCGCGCAAAGCAGCCAUCCAAGGCUUCGAAUCCAUCCUCUCCACCUGGUCGACACUCACAGAUCCAGUCCUCGGAUUCGACUCCCUCCUCUCCUCCACCACCACCUUUUCCUCCCCGUCGACAACCACGCUCAUCAAAUCAGGGUUUACACCGUUGCUCGUUCGACUGCCAUCCGAACUGGUGCUGGAAGACUUUCUGCCUCGACUUCAGCCUCUGCUGAACUCGGCGUUGAACUCGUCCGCUGCAGAGGUGCGGUUGACUGCGGUGACGAUGUUGAAGAAGCUCAAUGAUCGGAUGGUGCGCGAGGGCGUGGUGGACAGCCAUGAGAGGAUCUUUUGUUGUUUAGGGUUGGAUGAGGAGGGGGAAGAGGAGGAGGAGAGGAGGAAGAGGAGAGCCUUGUUGGAUGUGCUGAUGUAUUAUUUCUCGAAAAAGUGA